GAAAGAUGCUCCGAGCUCAAACCGCUUGUUUAUCGGCGCUCCACUGAGCACUGGAGCACCAUCAACAUCCCACAACGACGAGGCAACAAGAAAACAAGCUCGUCGCACACGGCGGCAGCCAAUCAGCGGGCUGGUUUCUCUUCAGCAUCUCGGAGGGACUGAUCGAGAGGACUUGAGCUCAGACAGCGGGGAGGAAAAAGACUUCAAGACUCCGCGACGCACAAUUAUGGUUUUGUGAACUUGACAAGGAAGGUGGAGGAUUUCGACACCAGCACAAAGAGGAAACAAAAGUCAGCUAAUCCAAGCACUGCACAGAAGGAACCAAAUUCCUGCACAAGCAUGGCAGACCAGAAAGACAACAUAGAUGACUUUAAAGUCCAGACAGCCAAGCAUUCUAACAUCACCUCAGCCCCUUUACGGCCACACAGUGAACACUCUAAAGACCGGGCAUCCAAAAGGCUUUCAUCUGACUCUAAUGGGACUAGUGAAGGAGGCGUGGGGUCGUCCACACCAGUGGAGUUGACCGCUUUGGAAGAGGCAUUUCGGCGCUUCGCCAUCCACGGUGACACUCGAGCCACCGGCAAGGAGAUGCACGGCAAGAACUGGUCCAAGCUCUGCAAGGACUGUGGAGUGAUUGACGGCAAGAACAUCACCCUCACUGACGUGGACAUUGUCUUCAGCAAAGUCAAGAAGAAAUCCUGUCGCAACAUCACAUACGAUGAGUUCAAGGUUGCACUCGGAGAACUGGCCAGGAAGAAAUACAAAGAGAAGACUGGAGAGGAGGCAGAGGCCGAGGUCUUCAAGCUGAUUGAGGGCAAGACACCUGUCAUUGCAGGAGUCACGAGAGCCGUGGCUUCCCCGACAGUGAGCCGUCUCACAGACACCAGCAAGUUUACAGGGUCACACAAGGAGCGGUUUGACCCCACCGGCCGCGGGAAGGGUAAGGCGGGACGAGAAGACAUAGUUGACAGUUCCGGAUACGUCUCGGGAUACAAACACCGAGGGUCAUACGAAAAGAAAGUGAAUAAACCCACCGUGGGCAAACCCAUGUGAGGGCAAGGAUGAGGAAAUAAACAUUUGAUCAACUACUAGGAUAAUUUUCUAUUAAAAGAGUACUCAAAGAAAGCACAAAAGAAUAGGAUUUCAUAUAUUUUCCCACCCAUCUAUUUUGUGUGUGUUUGUGUGUGAGAGAGAGAUGUUUUUGAGUUCCUCUCUUUGUGAAGUGUGAGAACUGGAAAACUGUUUACAUCUAUUUUUACAAAUUCAUCACCAGCUGGUACAUUCCUGUCAGACUGCAAGUUACUGCCAAACACUGAAGAGAACAAACGAGAGAAACUGCUAUGCUAUGAAUAUUGAAGCUUUGUUGUUAUGAUAGGGCCCUAUAAUAUUUAUUGAGCACAAUUGAAACAACUUGCCAAGAAAUACAAAAGUGGAACAACAGUUUGAUGAAUUAGCGGCAUUGCACUUUUUAAUGGAAGUUUUCUAUUCCCCUAUUUAGUUGAAGAGAUGCAUUUUUAAUUUGUUUUGCAGUUUCAAUCAUAAUUGGCACACAUUUCUUACAUAGAUAUUAUCAAGGUUUAUUUCUUUUGACAGCUUAAAUGGUUAAUUCCAUAUUCAGUGUUAUCUGUCUGCCAACCCCACUUGUUUAGUUUUCAUAAAAUUUGCUGUUGAUGUUAUAAGCGAACACUGUCAUUUCCAUAAUUUGCCUUCAGCUCGUUUUUUUUUUUUCAAAAAUACAUUAGACUGAACAUUUUUGACCACUGCCAUGUCUUGCUUUUGUGAAUAUGUAAAACAUGAAAAACAAAACACGUACCAUAUAAUGCACACUUAAAAGAAAAACAAUAUAACAGGAGUUUCCUAUUUUACACUGUCGUUAUUCAGACCCUAUUGUAUCUACCUUAACCUUUUGCUAACAUACUUUUUGAACUUUAAAUAGAUUUCAGCUGAAGGAAGCCCCACCCACAUUAGAUGGGCUCAGUUGUGCAAGAUUGUAUUUUUAAAAAUUUACUUAUAUUUCCUCAUCUUAUUUCUAUACAGUAGUUCUAAUAUAUUUGUGGUAAGAUUGUGUAUAUUCUAAAAGGUUAUAGCCACAUGGCUUAAUUUAUGACACUGGCUUCAUAUGUUGUUGUUUUUUUUUUCUGUAUUGCUGUACUUUGUGCAUGUUACGUAUAUAGCAUUUGAUUCAGAAGCAUAUAGAUGACAGUAGGAGUUUGUCAUAUCUAAACUACCGUGCCUGCUGUGAGGACAGACUACUGGACAGACAUAUUUUCUUGCAAAAAAAAUAAAAAAUUAAGUAAUGAAAUUGUGGGCUCAUGAUAAAAUUGUGUAUUGCUUAAAAUCAAUAUAUCAACCUGUACAUGUACAAAGUCGGCUAUGCUCUAGUGUUAAUAAGUACCAAAAGUACCUUUUAUGUGUGGUACCAUCAUCCAAGGCACAAACUGAAGCAGCAGGGUUUUACUGUUAUAUCUUUACAUACUGUACGAGAUAAAGGGAAAAUUGCAAACAAGUAAUAUACUUUUGUAGAAUAUUUUUCCAACAGUGACAGUGUUUGUCUCACAUUUGUCACACAUUACCUGUAGCCUCAGCUGAUGAAGAAUCAUGCAUCAAGUGCAAAACUAGCAGCUAUCGGUGUGUUAGUUUUUGUCUGCUGCAGUAGCUUGAGUAUGAUCUGUUUUCUGUGCUUUAUGCCAAAUACUGUGCACCUUUAAUGUGGAUGAACAAUAUUGUCUUUUUUUUU